UCGAACGUUCAGAACAGAAAGCAAGAUGGCGGCUUGUCCACCGCUAGCAAGAUCCCGAAACGAUGUCCGUCCUCCGGCCGGAGCGAACCCUAAAACACCCGCUUGGGCUCAGAAAGAUUAUGUCCUAAAGAACUGGAUCAAAGAGGAGAGGCAACGAAGGAGGAAUUUUCUUGCCGAUCAGGUUCUGGAGCCCAAUGAGCCCCGACCAGAAUACCUGAAACCAGGCAAGGCCAAGAAAUUAUGGUUUGCUAUUCGAAAGCCGUUUUGGAACGCGCUAUGGCCGCUUAAUGAAGCAAUGAAUUAUAGAUUAUUUCAUGGCAUCUAUGCAGUAAGACGUUGCGUCACCGUGUUUCUUCUACCGAUGUGGCUCACGCAUUAUGUCAUCAAGUACCAUGUAGCUACCGUUCCAGGAAGUAUUCAAAUCCAGAAGGCUCCUAUAUAUCCAGGUGAUGAGGACAAAGUCAAAGCCUAGAGGGCCAUUUUAUGCUUUCAACGGUUUCUCCAGUUUGCUGUUAAUACAUGAAUGAGAUUUCUUAUGAAGAUUUUAAACAUUUGUGACCCACUCUGUGAAAAUGAGUCAGAUGUCGCCCAAUGCAUUAUUAAGUUAUGGACAGUUUAAUGUGGAAAAUGAAAAAUAAGAAAUAUAUCAUUUUACUUGUAAUUCGUUUUUCACCAAAAAUCAUGUAGUGGCUUAUUUUAAACGGGAGUGACUCAGCAACGCGAUACACCCCAAAGCUUAGACAUAUACCUAAUUACUGCUGCUGAUGUGUUCUUUCCAGCCAUGCAUAACUCAAUUCUUGAAAUUGCCUACAUCUGACUCAUUUUCACAGAGCGGGUCACAUUUGGAAUUUACUUAAGUUACCAUUACUGGAAAGUCAAUUUCUUGUGAAUGGUGGAAGGACUGUGUUAAGUUUAGAGUGUUCAAUACAAUCCAUCAUACAAGGCAGUCAGUGGGAGGUUUAUUAAUAAGACAUGUUUAUAAAAGUAGGUCACUUAAGUUUGAUCGAUUUGUCACACUUCAUACUGUAGUUGGCUUAAUAAUUUAAGUUAGUUCAAAAAUAAGCAAGUGUUUUCUGGAGGAAGUAUUAUAACAAAUUGGGACUUAAUUCCUUAAGAUUGCUUAGUUUCACAGGACACGUAUAGGUUCAAGAUAGAAUUUACUCUCUUUUUUGUUGUGAAACAAGAACUUUUUUAGGUUGUACCAAUUAAGCACAAACUACAUGUAACGUGCUCACUGCUCCAACUAACUUCAAUGGUCCAUCUGUUCUAAUACAACACCAAUGUACGCUUAAAUGGUUGGGGGGGGGGGGCUUUCUUGUCUCGAUGAUUUUGUUAUUGAUUUGUAUGAUUUAUUGGGUGUCUCUUUUCUGAACACUCGAACGGACACAAGUUGAAUAAUAACAGUAAACACAACCGAGUAUUAGAAAAUCCAUUGUACAGUCUAUUGAAUGUGUCACCAAGUUAAAUUCGGACAUUGAAUUCUGUUAAUCACCUCAAUAGAAAAAAUCCUCGGAAAUUUGUUUUUGUAUAGAAAAUAAAUUCCAUGGGCACUUUUAGGACUCUACCAGUCAAAAGCAAUGUAUAUUGUUAUGGUUGGUAAUCAGGUGUCACUAUACUAUGCGAUAUACUUUUAGGAAUCUACCAGUCAAAAGCAAUGUAUAUUGUUAUGGUUGGUAAUCAGGUGUCACUAUACUAUGCGAUAUACUUUUAGGAAUCUACCAGUCAAAAGCAAUGUAUAUUGUUAUGGUUGGUAAUCAGGUGUCACUAUACUAUGCGAUAUACUUUUAGGAAUCUACCAGUCAAAAGCAAUGUAUAUUGUUAUGGUUGGUAAUCAGGUGUCACUAUACUAUGCGAUAUACUUUUAGGAAUCUACCAGUCAAAAGCAAUGUAUAUUGUUAUGGUUGGUAAUCAGGUGUCACUAUACUAUGCGAUAUACUUUUAGGAAUCUACCAGUCAAAAGCAAUGUAUAUUGUUAUGGUUGGUAAUCAGGUGUCACUAUACUAUGCGAUAUACUUUUAGGAAUCUACCAGUCAAAAGCAAUGUAUAUUGUUAUGGUUGGUAAUCAGGUGUCACUAUACUAUGCGAUAUACUUUUUCAGUAAAUGUAUGUUAAACAUCUCUUUGAAAUUUGCCCUUAUUGUUUGCAGUUUGAUUUGAAUAAAUAGUUUAUAAUGUUAAAUCAGAA